UGCUGCUCCAUUCGCAACGAUAGCUGUAUAUCGAGCAUAAGUGUCUUGUUGCGCAAAACUAGUGGUGGAAGUUUGAUUUCUUCAUUUAACUUAUACAACUAAUAUGGAGUUAUCGUGUAGUGUUUGUUCUGAGCUAUAUGUUCCUGAGGCUCAUGUCGUCAGUACACCAUGUGGCCACAUGUUUCAUAACGAUUGUAUCCGGCAGUGGUUAGAACGAUCCGAAACAUGCCCCGAUUGUCGAGCUGCAUGCAUUUCAACAAAGCUGAUUAAAAUGCAUUUCAAUGUGACAGCUUAUCUUGCACGUCCCACUAGCCAAAGGAAUAAUGCCGAUGCAGUGCCGAUGGAAUCGCUGAUGGACAACAUUACAAUUAAACUUAGUGAACUGGAAGACGCAUUAAGAAGAAUUGAACAAAAGACAGAACUAAGUAAUGAGAAGCAAGACGUGUUGAGUGUCACUGUACACGGUUUAGCGGAUGAAAUACGAAUGCAAAAUACGGUUAUUCAUGAUCUCGAGAAUAAGAUGGAUUUGUGUACAGUGGUGCUGGGAGACUUUCUGACCAAUACACUUGACUCUUCCUAGCAUAGUUAGGUUGUGAAAACUUUUUUAACGAUAAAAACAAACAAUGUGUGUACUGUUUUGGUUCAUCUUAUCUUUUCGAUCCUAUUAAAUUCGCGGUAAAACAAAUUUUUGUUUUUCCUUUUCGAAGGGAAAAAUAACACAAAUUUAUCGUUAUACGCAGUCGAAUUCAAAACAGGCAUCAAACCACUCUCAAUAUUGAAUCCUAACCCAACCAGAUAAGGAAAUUCCUAGAAGAUGAUAACAAAAAUACCAAUGAAUGGGACUUUGUAUAGACUAUUUCACGGUUCCACUGAAUUUAGAUAUUAGGAAGUUUUUAGAUUUUUUCGUUUUACCUGCUAAAAUACCGUUCUUAAUCUGUUUCUCGCUAGGGGCUCGAUUCCGAGAACCAUUGACUGAAAUAAUUUCUUGAACCGACGAUGAACUCGACUGCUUAGGUUCAAUAGCUGCAACGAUUCGAGUGGGGGUAAGGCACUCCGACCCGUUGGCGAUGUUAGCUUUCCAAGUGCCACAAAUCCAUUAAACGACCACUAAACGGGUUC